CCCUCAAAAAGGGCAUCUCCAAUCGCACGGGACUGCCCACGAGACAGCCAGACGUGUCGGAAGGGCGCUUGGGCAGAAGGAAAACCAGUCGUUGGCGCGAUCGCAAGUGCCAACCAUCCUUCCAGUCCCUGCUUUCCCUGUGCUCCUCUUCUUCUUCUUCCUACAGUAUUUGCAGUAUUGCGUACCUUGGAUGUCUAACCCUUCAACUCCCAUUCUUCUGCUAUGUCCUCUCGGCCUGCCCGAGUAACUUCGGACGACAGCUCCAAGUGAAAUUUGCUAGCAAGAGAAUGGGAGCUGUCCACCAAGGACGAUUCUUCUUGUUGCUAUGCUUGGCUGCGCAGAUAGCUGGAUACGAAACACACAGCACGCGUACGCGCACAGAGAGAAAGAUAUAUGCAAUACGCACAUACUCGCGCGCAAAAAAACGCGGAUGGUAUGGCUCUGCUGACGGCUUGGUAUUCUAUUACACCAGGGGUGAACAGACAGCCAGCACGCUCGAGGCGAACCUGACUAGUCUGGAGAAUAAGCUCGACGAGAUAUUGGCCGCGUUGGGGGUGUCAGCAGCGGAUCUGGACGCGCUCGACGAGCAGGAGAAGGAGCCCCGAGCAGGUCAAGAGAGGGAGAACGAGAAAGGGGCGAGCAAGGGGAGUGGAGAGAGUGCAUGAGGCCGGCUCUUAACAUGCACCUCGACAUUCCUUUUCCCUUAUUCCUAUCUCCCUCCUAAAUUGGUAGAGCUCUGUGCGGCGCCGGUAGCUUGGAGACCCGACUGACAGACAUGACAUACAAUCUGGCCCGUCCAGUCAAGGUCAUGAAUGAUGACGAUGACCGAUUGCUCUAUACCAGGCAUAUGAUGAUGAUGUAUUUGAGGGGUUCAGAGGGCGUGAACAAUAGAGCUUCAUU